CCACCACAUCUCUUUAGUUUCUCUCCUCCGAAACAAAAGCAAAAUCAUGGUCGCCGGAACAAACAACUCCCUCUCUCUCCAACUCCAACCUCUCUAUCUCUCUUACCCUCCUAACCAAGACAUAGUGAGUAACACUAGCACUGGGGCAGCUUCGAUGAUGAUGAGAUUCUUAUGCCCGAUUGUAUUCGGGCUGGGUUUAGGCCUCAUCACCUGGAAAUCAUCCCCGUUACGUCGGCGUCGGCCAUUGCGCCUUCAUCGUCGACAGGCUCACCGGAGCUACACGCCUGAUCGAAGAAGGAACCCACUUCCUUCUCCCCGGGCGCCAUACUCCUUAUUUCUUUGACAUGAGGAGCCGGCCUUUCACCUUUUCCUCCAAGCCCGGCACCAAAGAUCUCCAGAUGGUCGACAUUACUCUGCGUCUCCUCGUCCGUCCGGAGAAAACCCAGCUCCCUUCCAUCUUGAAGCUCUCAGGGCCUGACUACGUUGAGAGGGUUUUUCCCUCCACAGGAUAUGAAGUUCUAGAGGAGGUGGUAGCAGAAUACAACGCCGAGGAGUUACUUACCCAGUGUUCAAAUUUCAAGAAGGCCUUCAUCAGCAAGUCCAAUGAUUUUUUCAUUGUGAUCGAUGAUGUCAGCGUGACUCACAUGGCUUUCGGGUCUGAGUUCUCCAAGGCCGUCGACAACAAGGUGUUGGCUGAGAAACACCAGGAUGCCGCUGAGCAAGAGAGGGAUGCCGCUAAGCUCGAGGCGGAAACCUCCAAAUAUCUCCUCCUCAAGGCCGAAAAUGACACUAAGGCGGCGAGUAUUAGGUCCGGAGGGCUCUCUUGUGGUGGCAGUUCAGAUUGGAUUUUGGCAUCUCCAGUUCUCUCUCUCUCCAUUGACAAUGUUUCCUUCUGAAAUGGACUUGGUAGAUUAAUUGGACAUUCCUAAUUUAAUAUUUGGUAGAUUAUAGAGUUCUUCCAUUUAUUCUCCUUCUGAAACUGCAACUGUAGCAGCAGCGUUAUUUUGCCCUCUUUUGUUAUAACUGGUAUUUGGUACUUGUAGUAGUUUUGCAUGUUCUCGUUGUUAUCUUCCGGCUACAGUUUUAGCUCUCUUGCUUCUGAUUUUGUUUACAGGGAUAUCCAACCCUGGUCAUUCUUAGAUCUUUACAGAAUUUGAACCAAAACUCUACUACUGGAAAUACCGAUCUGAAUCAAUCCCAUCUGUUCUUCUGUUUUGACCUUAACCUUGAGGAUGAUACCAUCGGGAAAUCACCAGUUUGGUGUUACCACUACUAUUGAAAUAAUUUAUCCUCCAAUCCAUCGAGGUGAUUACGAUUCAGUGAGGGGAUUAGUCACUGUUGCUGAUGGUAGACACCCUGCAAAUAUGAAAAAAUAAAUAAAUAAAUAAAAUUCUACAAAGGAUGGUUUUGUGAAAAUAAGUGGUCAUAUUUUUAUGAUAUUAGUACUUUUUAAUUGUUGUAAGAGUCUAUUGGCACUCUGUUUAAAUUGUCGUGCGAAGAAUUGAAUGGACUGGAAUCUCAUCGGCCUGUUUAGUGUUUGGUAUUAAGAGCUCCUCUUUUCACAAUUUAGGGUUUGGUUUUAAGAGCUGGUUUUUUCUAUUUAGAGGAGCGUAAUCACCGCCUUUCUUUAUACUGGUGGUGUUUGCAUUGAGUGUUUUCCACA